GACGGCGAUCCGUUUAUCAAGAGCACUGACAUGACUGUCGAUACAGGAAGUGGCUCAAAGGCAAGUAGAGGCAACUCAUGCAGUUCAAUAUUUGACGCAGUGCUGUAAACAGAUAACACUCGUAAAAUCGUAAACCUGGUUAUUUUUACGUUUAACUUUGAGAUAACGAUAACUGAAGUGCUGAAUGUUAUGUCAACGUUACACCCUGCGCCCGUUAACAGUUUAAAUUUAGUUAACCCGCGAACGCUAACUUACCAAGAUCAUGAUAACACUGUUUUUGAUAUAUCAUUUCCAAAGAGUUUCCUAAUUUGAUCACGCUGAAUUUUCUAUCACGUGAUUAGCAGCCAUGAUUUGAGGUCAAGCCUAGUUUAAUAAAAAAAUGAUAUCUUCCGGGUUUUUUUACUUUUAGUUUUGCAUUUACCUUAAAUUAUAAUUUUGCGUUUUUUUUUUUUAAAUUCGACAAAGAAGGCUUUUGGCCGAUACCGUUAUCUUGGGUUGUUUUAUCAAGUUUAUCACGACCCGUUUAAUACUUAUUUCCUAUAUUGCGCUUUGGGCUCCCGUGCACGCACAUCUUACAAGGAAAUUAACCGCAGCUUUCGCCAACGUCGUAAAAUGUGAUGUGUUAUUUAUUUCAGGGGAAAAUGUACUUUUUCGCCAGCACCGGCGCAGCAACAGAGUUGAAACGUGACGUCGGCUCCGCUGCAAAUGCCUUUGUCUGCGAGCACCGAAGCAACGGUAAGUAAAGAUCAGCAUUCUAUAGUUAUCCACCCUUAACCACUGCAAAGCCGUGGAUUUGUAAGUGUCAUUAAAAACAAGCUACAUAACCUCAUGUGUUAUAACAUGAACCGUAUAGUUGGACAUCUAAAAUAAGUCUCCUUUUAAGUCUCUUAUAACCGGAAGCAUAAAACAGGACAGCUAAAAAACGUCUAUUUUAACCUAAAUGAUAAAAGUGCAGCUAAGAUAAGUAUCUGUUAACCCAGACCAUAUGAAAGUACAACUAAAAAAAAAAUUAUCUUUUGAUCUAGACCCUGUUACAGGACGACUUAAAAUAAGUCUCUUUUUAACCUAAGUGGUAUAACAUGACAUCUAAAAAUAAGUCCAUUUUAACCUAGACGAUUUUAAAGUUCAGCUAAAAACAAGUCUUUUUUUAACCUAGUCGGUCUAACAGCUCUUUUAGAUGAGGCUCAAAGUUGUACUACUUUGUCUUCAAAAUUGUUUAGGAAGUGUACACCAUUAAGGUCUGUUCUGUAACCAGAUUUCCACAGAUUACAUUUUUCUAAUUUUGUUUCAAAUAAGUAGAAGGAAAUACGAAGCUAUGGACCUCACAAAAAGGGAGAGCUACAAAACCUUUUGUCACAAUUAAACGAGAGUCUUCACUCACUAAUUAAAAGGGUUACAUCUGUACAAUACCUUUUUAAUACAUUUCAAUAACGUCUACUUUUUUACGGAUUCGUGCUAUUUUUUUCCAGCCUCAUACUGUGGCGUCACUUGCUCUGGUGCAGCGAAUUGCAAUACCACAGGCUACAGUGUGUCGGGCAUACGUCAGGAUGAAUGCAGGACGCUAUGUCGGACCAAGAACGGAUGCUGGAUGUAUUGGUUCGAUGACAAGCAAUGUCUGCUGGGCGUAUUGAGCUGUUGGAAAGGUAAGAGUUGGUGAUUGUAGCAAACAAUGUGACAGGUAAGACCAGGUGUCUCAAAAUCGCGGCCAGUGGGCCGUUUGCGGCCCAGACGACGAUAUUUUGCGGUCCGCGACAUGACAGCAAAAUUUAGUGUUAAUGGGGACCGCGCAUUCUCCCCAUUCUGAUAUCUAUAACGUGACUCUCCGCGACAGUUUCAGUCGAACCUUAUCGACUGGUCUGAUUCUGACUGUUAUCAUGUUAGUAUAGGUUUGGACGUUGAUUAUAACGCUAAAAACCGCUUUAAAAACAACAAACAUGGCCAAAGUGCGGUUUUGAAACUUCACCCUGAGACGAUUCCAGAAUCUCAUGGCACGUAUUACCAUAUUAUGUGGUAAAUUAUAGAUUUGUUUUUUGUUGACUUUGUACCGCGCUUCGAGCCUUUGGGGAUGAAAUGGACUUUAUUAUUAUUAUUAUUAUUAUAUUAUAAUACGAUGGGCACACAAUUCUCUUUAAUGAGGACAGUCCUUUAGCAUCAGUUUAAAAAAAAAAAGAUGAAGUCGAGGCUAUUUAUGUAUAAUCCGUUUAACCAGAUUAACCAGGUUAACCAGGUUCAUUGAAGUGGACCUGGACUAAAACAGAACAUAGAAGAUGCAUUUGUUGGUUUUAUCAUCGAGUCACUGUUAGAUUGUUUAAACUACUUUCUUCAGCAAGCCUUCAUAGUGGUCCUGGCACUGCGACGGUGGAUAGGACCGAUACCCAGUCGAGACCACCAGAUAGUGCAAGUGUGUCGCGUGAGUAUCGUCUGUUAUAGUGGGCCUAAUAUUGAACAAAAAAAAAACAAAACAAACAAAAAACAAAAAAAACAAAAAAAAAAACAAAAAGCAGGGGUGGUGGUAUUUAAUGUAUUGGUUACACUGUCUUUUAUGUAUAUAUAAAUACUAGCUGAAUCCCCGUCGAAAUUCCCGGGUGUAAUUUAAUUAUUUAAAAAAAAUAAAAUAAAAUAUAAUGAUAUAUAAUUUAUAUAAUAUUUAGUUGUACAUUGCAUUUGUAUUUUGUUGAUUAGGAAAUAAUUACUGAAUAAUCUCACAACCACCUAAAACUAUUUAGCUCAGUAGCCCGAAUGUUAAUGACCGAAUCCACGAGUUUGUAUGCGUACCUACAUUUUAGGAGGAAAAGUUUAACCUUAUAUUUUUGAAAUGAAAACAAGUGAAACCAGACCGUGACGUGGUAGGAUACGUCAUAUAUGGGUUAUUAAUUAUGUUUAAAUUUAGCUACUCUCUUUCCCUCAUUUGAGAAUUGUAACAAACGCAUGGCAGAAGGCCAGAAGAGUGAAGGAUUUUUUUUUCCUCGCCACCUUUAUUACUGCACUUGCUAGUUUCGUUUCUAAAGAUGCCAGCUUGGAAAACAUUGAUAACGCAAAUUAAUGCAAUAACUACUUACACAUUGACUUAAUCUAUCACUGCUUCUGUUCACUGUAAGCCGUCGAUAAUCAAUGAAUGCUGCUUCUACCCAACAAAAAAAAAAUGUACAGCUCCGACAGCCGCCAUCUCAGAGCUAGCCAUAACAACUGCCAAAUGGGUAGCCGCUGGGACGGGAUUCGUCACUGAGCUCCGCGCAGCGACAUCGACGGCAACUGGCGGCACACUGGCGGACGCUGCAGCCGCCCGGACCAUAACGGUAUUCGCUACCCAAACUGUCACUGUCACGGCCAGUCCCGUGGCUCAGCUAGCACCCAGCACGUCGUGUCAGCCUGGCUGCACUGACACCGUCACUUUACACAGGUCAGAGGUCAGAACGAGACUUUGCUGCGGUAUUAGUCUCAUUUAAUUCUUUCAAAGUUCAUAAUUUAUUAAUGUUCAUUAAAAAAAAAAUGUUUAAAAUAUUAUUUCUGAAUUAGUAGAUAGAUUGUUCCGUUAAAUAAAAAUCAUAAAAAAUAAAUUCAGAUCAAAAAAAAAAUGUCAGAUAUAUAUUUGAAAAAACAUUUUUGCCGGAACAUUUUUGCCGGAACAUUUCACAAUUUAAACUUCUCAAUCCACACCAAUUUGCGUUGUAUCUUAUAACACCAACACUAUCGUUCCUUAGCACGCACUCGUCACAAUGUCCGGACGUUGUACACGACAGCGGUCCAAGUUCUGCUCUGAUGACAUCAUUCCUUAAUGUCGACACAGUGACGGCGUCUCGUCAUGCGAUCCCCACGUCAGCACUGGCGCCGGGCAGCGUGAUGUUGGCAUCGUCGUCGUCGCUCAGGUCAAGGUCAACGGCGACAGUUCACACCGAGGGCCAUUCCUCACAAUACACGACCUCACCGCUCUCUGAUUUAGUGGUGAGUAAAUCUCGUCAAUGUGAUGAAGAACAAAGCUAAUCACACGACCAGCGGCGUAGCUAAAGGUUGUUGUCUACCGGUGCGGUAAACUCAUGGCGUCACUCCCCCCCCCCCCCCCCCUCAUCCCCCCCCCCCAACCUGGAUUUUUUCUUUUUAUAAUAAAUCCACAUUGUAACAAUGACAAGACACAUGACCUCACCGCUCUCUGAUUUAGUGGUGAGUAAAUCUCGUCAAUGUGAUGAAGAACAAAGCUAAUCACACGACCAGCGGCUUAGCUAAAGGUUGUUGUCUACCGGUGCGGUAAACUCAUGGCGUCACUCCCCCCCCCCUCCCCCUAAUCCCCGACUCCCAAGUUGGAUUUUUUCUUGUUAAAAUAAGUCCACAGUGUAACAAUGACAAGACACAUUGAUUAAAGAUCAGGAGGUAAAUGUAUUUAAGAAGCUAAGCAUGUACUUAGAAGGACCACCCAGUGGUAUAAAUGGAAAGCUUUAUUUCUCAGACGUUAGAUAAGUAUAGCAUCCUGUAUCGAAAGUUACCGAAUACUUCAAUCGGCGUUGAAACAUGGUCGAAAAGGUGUUUUUUUCUGACCCAAUUGUAGGGUUACCUCAUUUCUGACGCAUUAACCUUGAAAUAGGAUUGGUUACAUGGGUGGAAAAUGUACACGAAAGCGUUUAUCCUUUUAUGAAAUGCGGUUAGACCGAGCAGUAUGUGUUCUGUAGUAUGCCAUUUUUCAAUUUGGUGUCGGUACGGUACUCAGCUCCCGCACCCCUUAGCUACGCCACUGGACACGAUGAUAUUAUUUACACCUUUAAAGCAUUUCUGGAGGACGAACUGGAUGUAUAAAAAAACCCAAACAAUACAGCCACAACUAAAAACAACUGACUUCAUUAAAAAUAUGAAAGCCUCGUUCAUUGCUGACAGACGCAUAGAGUUGAAAGUUUUAACAUACGAUAACAAGACAAAAUAGUUUAAUUAAAAACCAAGACUUACCUUUUUUGGGGUCAUUGCAGAUGUAGUCAGCAGCUCACAAUCGUGUCGGCGCAAUCAAUCACACAAAAUGAUGCUUUCAAAUCUUGUUUAAACAAAACUCAUCCUUGCCUACCACUCUCACAAAACUCACCCUUGCCUACCACACUCACGAAACUCAUCCUUGCCUACCACUCUCACAAAACUCACCCUUGCCUACCGCACUCACAAAACUUAUCCUUGCCUACCACUCUCACAAAACUGAUCCAUGCGUACCACUCUCAAAAAACUCAUCCUUUCCUACCACUCUCACAAAACUCACCCUUGCCUACCGCACUCACGAAACUCAUCCUUGCCUACCACUCUCACAAAACUCACCCUUGCCUACCGCACUCACAAAACUUAUCCUUGCCUACCACUCUCACAAAACUUAUCCUUGCCUACCACUCUCAAAAAACUCAUCCUUUCCUACCACUCUCACAAAACUCAUCCUUGCCUUCACACUCACAAAACUCAUCCUUGCCUACAACUCUCACAAAACUCACACUUGCCUACCACUCUCACAAAAAUCAUCCUUGCCUACCUCACUCACAAAACUCAUCCUUGCCUACCUCACUCACAAAACUAAUCCUUUCCUACCACUCUCACAAAACUCAUCCUUGGCUACCACACUCACAAUGUGAUUACCAAAAAAAAACAAAGAUAUAUUCUUGAAGAAUCGCCAUAUAUCUCACAGCUGACCCUAACACUAACAGGGUAUUCUCCCCCACUUCUCAACGUAUUACCUUCAGACGGGAUAAAAAUCUAUGUGACCUUAUGGCUCACAGUCACUUUUGAGUUGAUCUCUCUCAUAUUGGUACUAAACCAUCUUGAAUAAGCCAUUGUAAGGCUUGCUCCUACGUACUUGAAACUGAACGCAAUUGAUUCCCUCAGGUUGCCCUUAGUUUCAAAGGGGGCUUCACAUGGAUUAGUUAGCAUGUGAUCUAUGUGAUUUUUUCUCGAAGAUGCCGCUUCUGUUACAUAGGUGAGACGCCGAGACGGCUAUCUGAUAGGCUCAGUGAACAACCUCGUAAUUUAGAACAAAACAAUCCAUCAUUCCCGAUCUCAUCCCACUUCAACGUAGGUGAACACAAGGGCCACACCAGAUUUUUCCGUAGCGACCUUCAUUCUUUGCACUUAUACACCAGCCAGAAUGAGGAAUGAAAACAAAAUAAAUCAAAAUUUUCGGUACCAUGUCACUAUAUGAGCAAUAUGGCAUAAAUUAAAUACUAUCAUACCAGUGGUCCUCAAUUUCCCGCAAUUUCUAUUCUCAUUAAUUAAAAAAAAAUAUUUACUUAAAUGUGACUAAAAAUCCUUUCAGCUUGGUCGUACGCAACAAGGAAUUUGUGGGACUUACGUUUUUUUGGUUUCGAACCACUUAACUUCCGUUUCGAACACGGAGAGGCUUUAGCUCGUAGACAAAAAGCUUCCUUUGAGAUCUUCUAACACGUUCGCAUUGUGUUAUCUUAAUGUUUGAUGUUUCUUAUUGUGUCUUGUCUGCCGCAGAAUGCGUUGAGUUGAAUCGUUAUUUUAACUGCGCUAUCUUUUUCAUUUCGAGCUCAAACAUUCACUUACUUCUCGCGGCCUUGAACGCAGUCCCUCAAAUGCAAUUAGACGUAUUUCAACACACGAGUAACCAACCAGUAUACAAAUAUUAAAAAAAUAAAUAUAAUACAAAAAUAUAUUUUAAGAUCAAAAUCAUAUAAUUUUAAAUUCCGCUUGUAAUCUUUAAAAUGUCAUGCCUCCCCAGGUGUCGUUCAGCGCCCCAUGGCACGCCCCGAGCUCCUCACUCCCGUUUGCCCGACAGCGCAAGGAGCUCCGCGCCGCCAUCGUUGAGAAGCUGACGAUCCCCCGGGUUGACCUGUCCAAGACAAGGCGGACCAAGAUCAGCGUGCACGACACCCGGCCCGUGGCGACCGUGUCCGGGGCAACCGCUUGCAUUUUCUUGGGCUGUUCCGUGGCGGCCAUAGUGGCACUGGAUGUGCCCGUCUUAGUGAAGCACCUGAAGCACAUCCUUCGACGCUGCAAGAGAUAG